AUGAAAACUCAAUUUAGUUUUUCAUUAUGGGUUAUCCUAACUUUUAUAUCUCUUUCAAAAUCUGAGACUCGCCCUGCUGAAUCGAUAUUUAAAUUUAUAAACUUUAUGCAAUUUAAUAGAAAUUUGGUGGAGUACUUAGAAAACUAUAUAAAGGCAUUGGAAAUCAAAUUAAAAGUUAUUAACGAAGCUCUUGUUGAUUUGGCUAGUUAUCAUAUUCAGUUUGAAGAUGAUAAAUUGGGUAUUAUAUCUAGUCCAGUGGGAAGUUACUCCUUGAUACAUCAUAUGCAAUCGGAUUGGACUUAUUGGCAGCUAUUUCUUCAAGAGGAUCCAGGAAAAGAUGAAUUGGAAUCUAUAAUAUCGAAUAAAAGAUAUCUACCCCUUAAAGAAGAUGUAUUAAAAGUCUGUCAGGAUAUUUCUAGUAUUAUAAGCACCUAUGACUUGAUUCCAGAAAACAUUUCAAAAGGAUUGGAUACAAGUAUGUUAUCAAGUGCUUCCAAAUUUGAAAAAAGUUUAUCAAAGUUUAUUUAUAAAAGGUCCCCUAUAUCUUCUCGCGAUUGCCUUCGGAUGGCAGAUCACAGUUUAGCUAUGAAAGACUUCAAACAAUCCAAACAGUGGCUUCAGCUGGCUAUAUCCAUCCUUUAUGAUCCUAGUUAUAAGGAACGACACUUCCUUUUUAGGAAGUUAAAUUCCGCUGAUUUAUACUUGAAACUAGCAGAAGUCUAUGUGGAGCAAAAAAACUGGCUUCUAGCUCUUGAGACUGUUGAUCUUGCUUUAAAGUCACAGCCCCAAAAUGCUACGCUGCUGAGAUUGCAAGACUAUUUGGGCUCUCACAUUUUACUUGAUCCUCCCCCGAAUCCGGAUGUUGAUAAUGAAAAUAACGCUUAUCGGUUUCAAGGAAAUAAAAGCCUUUAUUGUUUUUUUCAAACCAGAAAAGGACUUUUCGCACGAAACAGGGCAGAAAUGAUCUUUCUUGAUCCCUUGUUUAUAAUAUACCAUGAUUAAUGUUCAUAA